UUCCGGCGGGAAGCGGAAGCAAGGCGAGGCGGCCGCCAUGUUUGUGUAGGGCAACGGAGCCGGCGCUGAGGCGCUGCCGGCGCCAUCUUUGUUGCGGGCGCGGGGGGGACUUCGCUCCGGGCCCCGAGGUGCCGCCGGUGGCGCAUGCUGAGCGCUCUGUGCCGCCUGCCCCCCCUCAGUGCCGGUGCUGCCCUGUGCCGCGCCAUGGCCACGAAGCCGCUGGUGGCCGUGGGCCAGGUGACCUCCACACCGGACAAGGAGCAGAACUUCACGGCCUGUGCCGGGCUGGUGCGGGAGGCGGCUCAGCGCGGUGCCUGCCUCGUCUUCCUCCCCGAAGGCUUCGACUACAUCGGCUGCGACCCAGCCCAGACCCUCAGCCUGGCCGAGGGGCUGGAUGGGGCCCUCAUGGGGCGCUACGCGGAGCUGGCCAGGGACUGCGGUGUUUGGUUGUCCUUGGGUGGCUUCCAUGAGCGCGGCCGGGAUUGGGCGACCACGCGGCGCAUCUACAACUGCCACGUGCUGCUGGACUCCACCGGUCACCUGGUGGCUGCGUACAGGAAGACCCACCUGUGUGAUGUGGAGCUGGAGGGACGCGUGUCCAUGAAGGAGAGCAGCUUCACCAACCCCGGCACUGAGAUCGUGGCACCGGUGAGCACACCGGCAGGCAAGCUUGGCCUCUCCAUCUGCUACGACUUGCGGUUCCCUGAGCUCUCGUUGGCACUGCAACGCGCCGGUGCCGAGAUCCUCACCUACCCCUCGGCCUUCACCGUGCACACGGGCUCAGCGCACUGGGAGGUUCUGCUGCGUGCCAGGGCCAUUGAGACCCAGUGCUACGUGGUGGCGGCAGCCCAAACCGGGAAGAACCACGAGCACCGGACGUCCUAUGGCCACUCGUUGGUGGUGGACCCGUGGGGGGCUGUGGUGGCUCAGUGCCACGAGGGGCCGGGGCUCUGCUAUGCAGAGAUUGACCUGGAGUACCUGCACCGCAUCCGGCGCGAGAUCCCGGUGCAGAGCCACCGCCGGCACGACCUCUAUGGCACCGUGGGGAUGGUGCCAUGA